AAAAGGGGCGCCAGACGCAAGAAGCGAAAUAGCCGAAGAUCCCGCACGGAAGAAGCGGUCAGGGAGGAUGAACGUAGCUUGGCACCUGGAGAUCUUGAGGAGGGAACUGUAGGGUGAGAGAAGACUGCACCAGACGCGGAGGUCGCCAAUCACGGAGUCCAAGCUCGCACCAUUUUCCGUUAACCGUUUGAACACCCCUACAUACACUCUCCAUAUCAAGGCAGAUGCGACCUCUCCCCAUCCUUCCCGCGGCAUGGUCAUACCUGCUGGCGUUCCCUUUCCUCACGCCAGCCUCAUCGCAAAUUGAACCAUCCCAAAUCCAGUCGCUCCCCCUCCCACUGCCUGGUGCCUUCCCCACCCCUGCCCUCGACUGCGAUGCCACACCACAGGGCGUGUUCGGCUGUCUGCUGCCUCUCGGACCGAUCGGGGCGACACAGUGUGCCAAGAGCGUCAUUCGGGAAGGGGGAAUGGGCUUUCUGGAUGGUGUGGAUGGUGUAGCUGGGCUUGAGGAUGUAUUGCCGCUGGUUGGAGUGGGGCGGGCGCUGUGCGAUUGCUUUGCGGACCAGGGCACCGGUGUGUUGGGGCAGCCGGAGAAGGUGUGCGAGUCUAGGCUGUGCUACCUGACCAGUGAGUUGAACGGACAAGCUGUCGCACUGUUGGGCACACGCCUUCAUGAGUGUGUAUGUAUGUGUCUGUCUUGUUGUUUUGCAGUCUUCAUAUGUCUGAUCAUCGGGGAAAGUAGGCAGAUGCCGCCAUGAUGUGCAAAGCGUCCACGCACACACACACACACACACAUAUACCUUUGUGUGUCCAUGUGCCGACUGUGUGUCUGUCAGCCUGUGCCGAGUUCCCCGUCCUUCCCGGUGUGUUCGCACCGAGUCCUCCCGUGCUGCCCCCGUCCACUCAGUCAGCCGACCUCUUUCUCGCCGACCUGACCGGCAGCGUGGCCCCCACCAUCCCUGCAGACAUCGUCGAAAGAGAGGGGCUCACCUACUAUGUGCUCAUCCGGCUGCUAUACAACCUCGGUUAUGGGCCGUGCUUUGGCGUGGCUGCUCUGGCUGAGCCGCCCAUUCCUGGCUGGAGCACUGUCAACGUUCUCAACCUCAUCGAGACGCGUAAGUACAUGGGGAAUGGGUGGCAAAGUGGUGUUUGGCUGAUUUUGUGUGGAUGGAUGGAUGGCUGCAGCCGAACAAGAAGACGGUGGACUGCGUGAGGUGCCAUUCAUCCAGGUGGUGGAGAGGGACGAUGGCAGCGAGCUGCUGAUCCUGGUGCGGGCGACUGGGACGUUCACAGAGGCACGACUGCUGACUUAUGAGGACCAGGUGGCGUUUGACGACAUCAUCGGAGAGACAGCAGGCACUUCUGCGUCCGAGCCAAUGAUUCGGGAAGGUUUGGGGGAGAUUUUACGAGCUGUGUACCCGUCGCUAAGGCGGAUUGUGGAUGAAUCGACGGCCGAGAGGGUUAUCGUCGCAGGAUACUCGCUUGGUAACAAUGCGUCACACACACUGGUCAUCCGUGUGUGUGUGUGUGUAUCUCUUCAUUGAUUCUCUGUGUGCAGGUGCCUCUGUGGCCAGCUACAUCGCUCUCGGCCUGGCAACGACCUUCCCAGACGACCGAGUCGACUUGGUGGCCUUCGCACCGCCACGAGCCUUCGACCAGGCCUUUGCCGACCUCAUGGUUGAGACACUCAACCUGCGCAACCCUCUCUAUGAGUUCGACUUCAUCGCCAGGAGUGCCUGCAACACGGCGGUCGGUUGCAGUGCGGCCGAUGCUUCUAAAACGGAGCUGCAACUUGUCGAGUACGUCGAUUUUCCCGCCGGCCGGAUUGACAUCAGUGAGGAGGAUUUGGGCGAGCCCAAUGGCAUCAGUCCGCUGUCAGUGUGGGCACCGCAUACAUGCUCUUACCUGUGCUGGACAGUCCGAAAUUUCCAGCCGGAUGACCCCGUGGACUGGUGCGAGGCGGCGCCAAGUGAUGGACAGGGAGAUGGGGCCAUAAGUUUGGGCAGCAUCUGCCCGUAUAGCUUACAAAGGCUGCCGCUGCUGUAGGUCGCUGUGGGUGUAAAUAGAGUUGGUCAGCUUGUAGAGAUUGAUUUGAUUUUGAUAUUUGAGAGAAGAAAGGAUGCUUGUAUGUUAUUCUGCUUCUGCCCUUCUCAUGUUGUGCGACGUGUGGGAGGGACGUGUAGGCAGAAUAAAAAUAUCUCCUUCCUCAGACUACUUUGUUUACUUUGUCCCUGUGUGUCUGCGUGCGUUUGCGCCUCUGUCUCCCUCCGUCUGUGUGUCUGUGUGUUCGUCCCAUGUGAGAGCUCAUGGGCAAUUCGCCGUGGAUGAUGCCGUGUGUUUUGUCAGACUCGAAAGAUCGCAUGCCUUAAUUAAAUCGUGCUGUGUUUGAAGGGAAAAUCAUUGAGUGAGAGCAUUCAUUGGUCCAAUGCGUGAAUGAAUCGA